GUGAGACCUGAACAAAGCAAGAUGCCUAGGGGACAGCAUUACCUAGAUGGCAACUAUGUUAAGGGGAAGGGAUAUACUUCUCUUUCUGCAGAAGAGGCUACAGGUAUUGGAAUUCUAAUAGUUGUACUUGCAGUUUUACUGAUUCUUGGAUGUUGGUGUUGUAAAAGGCACAGUGGUUAUACAAGGCUUUUGAGUAAGAAUUUUGGAUUGGCCUCUCUGACCACCUCAGAAGGCAGAAGCUCCCUCAGUGAUGCCAAAUUGCCCUUGCGGGAAUACACCAGCAGCUAUACUCAUGUGGUGCCAGAUGCUCCACCAGCUUAUGAUAAGAGCUCCAGCAGCCUGUUGCCACCACCAUAUGCACCAUAAACAGGAAGAAUUACUUAAGUGCUUGCUUACUUCAAGUAAUUUCUAGGAGCAUCUGGGAGGGAAAACGCAAGCUAAUAUGAAUAUUUUCAGAAAUACUUGCUUAAGAAAAUGUAACUGUCCUCUUUUGCAUGAAAUGCUUAAGAUGUUGAAGCUAUA